AUGUCACUAUCACAACAACCCUACACUCGCUUCGAGAUCGAGCUUGAGUUCGUUCAAUGCUUGGCCAAUCCCUUCUACCUGAACUUUCUCGCACAUUCAAAGGUCCUUGACGAUGAGCGCUUCGUAAACUACGUCGUCUAUCUCGAGUACUGGCGCAAGCCCGAAUAUGCCAAGCUCCUGACCUACCCCGUGCACUCCCUCGCUGCUCUUACACUCCUUCAACAGCCACAGUUUCGUGCGGACAUAAUGAACCCCGGGGUCGCUCAGGAAAUGCUCAACGACGUUGUCACUAGCAUGAACCCCGAGACCGACCCCGGCCCAUUGCCAACCAACGAGAUCGUGGUCCAGCAGCAGAAUGGCAACUAG